UCGUCCUAAAAACCCCAGAAAGAAAAACAUAAACGCCCCCAUCGCCGGAGCAGCAGCAUUAUUACCUCAAGGUCUCCUCCGAUGAGGAAUCCCUAAACACUCCAUCGAACGCCCCCCAAAUCCCUUGAGAUCCAUCUCCAAAACCUCGAAUCCUCUCUCCGAGAGAUCCGAGAGAUCUCACUGCAACCCUAGGAUUUGUGCAUUUGUGUUCCGUUGGCCUCCGGAGCUACCCCGGAAUCUCCGUGGCAACAAUGGCGGCGGAGUCUAGGUGUAAAGGGUGCACGGGGUGGCUGAUAGUGCUAGUUGUUGCUGCCCUCGUAGUUACUGCCGCAGUCAUCGCCAUCAAGAAGAAGACCCAUCAUUCCGAAGCAUCUCCCGUCCCCGGACCCCCCGGUGCUGUCGUCCAGAAAUAUUCCAACGCCCUUUCGGUCGCCCUCCAGUUUUUUCAAAUCCAGAAAGCUGGUAAGCUGGUGAACAAUAAGAUAUCAUGGAGAGGCGACUCGGCAUUGAAGGAUGGAAGUGAUGCUGGGUUGGAUUUGUCAAAGGGGAUGUAUGAUGCUGGGGAUCAUAUGAAGUUUGGAUUUCCCAUGGCUUUUACGGCGACGGUGCUAUCUUGGGCGAUCUUGGAGUACGGGGAUCAGAUGGCGGCGGUGAAGCAGUUGGAUUCCGCACAGGAUUCUCUGAAAUGGAUCACUGAUUACUUGAUUCUUGCGCAUCCAUCUGAGAAUGUGCUAUAUAUCCAGGUUGGCGAUCCUAAAGCAGAUCACAGUUGCUGGGAACGACCAGAAACUAUGAGUGAGAAGAGACCCCUCAAGCAGGUCAAUUCUAAAAUCCCAGGCACUGAUGUAGCAGCAGAAACAGCGGCAGCUAUGGCUGCAGCUUCUAUGGUGUUCAAAUCCAUUGAUUCCAAAUACUCGGACUCACUUCUCCAGCAUGCACAACAACUAUUUACUUUUGCGGAUAAUUACAGAGGUUCAUACAGCAUCAGCAUUCCAGAACUCCAAAAUUUCUAUAAUUCCACAGGUUAUGAGGAUGAGCUCUUAUGGGCAGCUGCCUGGCUCUACCAUGCCACUGGGGACCAAUCAUAUCUGAGUUAUGUGACUGUUGAGAAUGGGAAUUCUUAUGCUGACUGGGGAAGACCAACCUGGUUUAGCUGGGAUGACAAACGUGCAGGAACUCAGGUUUUGUUAUCGAGGGUUCAAUUCUUUGGUUCAAAACUCUCUUCAAAUGCGGAGAACAAGGGCCUUCAAUUAUACAGAAAAACAGCUGAAGCUGUUGUAUGUGGUCUUCUACCUGACUCGCCAACCGCAACAUCCAGCAGAACAGAUGGUGGAUUGGUCUGGAUAGAUCAGUGGAAUGCUCUCCAGCACCCGGUUGCUGCUUCAUUCCUCGCGCUGCUUUACAGUGAUUACAUGCUCACCUCAAGGACAGCUGAAGUGGAUUGCAGUGGAAAAUCAUUUACACCAUCUGAUCUUCGUAAUUUUGCUGUGUCCCAGGCUGAUUACGUGCUUGGUUCCAACCCCAUGGAAAUGAGCUACCUCGUGGGAUAUGGGAGUAAGUAUCCUCAGCAAGUUCACCACAGGGGUGCAUCCAUUCCUGCCAAUGCCAAUACUGGAUGCAAGGGCUUCGACUAUCUGACAUCUACUGAUCCGAAUCCCAAUGUUGCCAUGGGUGCACUUGUUGGUGGGCCUUUCAAGAAUGAUUCCUACAUAGAUGUCAGGAACAAUUCUAUGCAAGCUGAGCCCAGCACCUAUAACAGUGCUAUUCUGGUUGGUCUACUUUCUGGCUUGGUUACCACCUCCUCUGUUGCUCAGUCUUUGACUUGAGUUCUUUGUUGUCCUCUCUUCUUGUAUCUAUGUUGUAUGUACAAACAAAAAUAUAAUGUGGUUUGUUUGUUGAAUGUGUCAUUAUCAUGUAUCUUAUUGGUUUUAGAAGGUCUUUGGUUUUUUUUCUUAAAUUUCAGUGAUACUAGAGGAGUUGUUUCAAGAUGAUUUGCCAACUUCGGAGAAUUUGGUGGUUUAGGAAUUA